GUCCAGGUGAAGCUCCAGCAUCCAGACAUGUCCUGCUGCAACCCGUGCGUGCCCUGCCAGCCCUGCGGCCCGACCCCGCUGGCCAACAGCUGCAAUGAGUGCUGUGUCAGGCAGUGCCAGAGCUCCACCGUCGUCAUCGAGCCUUCCCCUGUGGUGGUGACCCUGCCCGGCCCCAUCCUCAGCUCCUUCCCUCAGAACACCGUUGUGGGCUCCUCCACCUCCGCCGCCGUUGGCAGCAUCCUCAGCUGUGAGGGAGUGCCCAUCAACUCCGGGGGCUUCGACCUCUCCUGCAUCACCAACCGCUACUGCUGCAGACCCUGCUAAAGCUGCUGCCAGCAUCCUCGGGCAAGGACCUCCCCGACCUCACACCAUGGAUCUGCACAGGAGAUAGAGCUUCGCGGCGCUGUUUCCUUCUCCCACUGUCCUCUCCAUUCCUUUCCUG